GGAAGAGAGGUUGCCCUUGUUCAAGUUGAGGAGCUGACAGAUUACUGUCCACUUGUGGCCUACACAGUCGGAUCCAGACGUAUGGUGACCCUGAAGAGCCACAUCGUCAUUACAGAUUAGCAAAGCAGGAUGGAUGCACGAGUAACCUUCAGAGUCCUCUUUGGAGGUGAAGAGGAUGCAAGAAAACUCACCAUUGAAUCCGGAAUACCAAGAACUGUGGAGGACUUGGCUCUUAAAAUCAAGACUUUCUUUGAAGUGACUGAGCAGUUCAGACUUCAGUACAAAGACAAAGACAUGGAUAAUCAGUUCAUGAAUCUCUUGUCAACAUCAGAACUUGAAGAUAAAGGGACUUUGAAAGUGGUGUACAUACCAUGUGAGACAAUUAGGUCUGCUACACUCACAGAAGAUUCCGGCGGCACAAUGUCAGGUACUCCUUCCAGCUCUUCAUCACAAGAACCAAGUGAUUCAGACUCCUACUCCAGCAAUGAUACCAUCAUCUUGUCAUCGCCUGAGACCCGAUCCUGCUCCUGGCCUAAACCCUUUGUCGUGCCCCGCUUCUCAUCCUGUGCUGAGAUUAUGCUCCAGAAAGGAAAUGAUGAGUUCAAGGCACACGGAACUGUCCUGUGUCCUACACCAAAAGUACGCUCGGAUAUCCUUGAAGGCUUAGCUGAGGAAAUAAUAAAGUACACAGCUUACCCAGGCGAUGGGCAUUUAGAGGAAGUGGCAAAGAGUCUGAUACAGUCCCAUCCAUGUUUACUGGAAAAAGUAACACGAACUGGAUACUGUGGCUGGAAGCAUUACUUGAAGAUAAAAAUGAUGAACUUCCGCACCAAGCUGAGCGAUCAGUGUUCUUAG